AAAUAUGUAUAUAGUGCAAUUGCGUGUAAUGUGUAAGUAAGGUAACAGUUAAACUGCCAAAAAUAUAUCAAAAUAUAUGUAGUAAACGUUUCUAUUUGAGAUUGACAACUUAUUUGUAAUAUCAAGGAAUAAUUUAUUGUGAAGCAAACGUCCAAUAUGACGACGGACGAAACAAAUCCUGCCCAGUGGGCUCUCGAUCUUCUCGAACCAACCCGUGUUGAUAGAACAGAUACGAUUUUCAGAUAUUAUUUAAUACCGCUUCUGGCAGCCACUAACGUAGUCGCAGUCCGAGCCAGAAAUGUAUUUAUGAAAUUCCCAGCUAAUCUCAAUCCUCACAUACAAUUGGCUUGUGGUGUGGCUGGUGGUUUGGCUGGAUAUGUAAUGCACUAUGUAAGUGAUGUAUCGCAUGCAAGACAAGAUGCAGUAAUAAGAGAUUAUAUAAUACGCCAUCCAGAACGUUUUCCUCCACCAGAAAAUAGAAAAAUUUCAGAUAUUUUCCAACCAUGGACACCAUUGCGUUAAACAAUUAAACUGCCUUCUUGAGAUAAUGUAAUAAGUAUGUCAGUAGUAAAUAUAAAUAUUAAAAUAAAUAAGUUUAAAAAACAA